AUGCCUCUCAUCAACAACCCGCUGCCCUCUUCCAUGAAGAGCGAAUGCAAGAAGACUGGAAAGAUUCUCGCCUCCUUCAUCGACCCGAAACAGUCCUUCGGUCCCGACAAGAUCAUCCCACCUCAAAUCCUCUCAAAUGCAAAAGGUCUCGCCAUCAUGACCGUCUUCAAGGCCGGCUUCCUCGGCAGUGCUCGUUUCGGCUCCGGUGUCAUAGUAGCCCGCCUGGCAGACGGCACCUGGUCCGCUCCCUCGGCAAUCGGUACCGUUGGUGGUGGUUUUGGUGGUCAGAUCGGUUUCGAACUUACCGACUUUGUCUUCAUUCUCAAUGACGCUGCUGCUGUUCGCACCUUUGCCCAAGCUGGCAGUAUCACUCUCGGAGGAAACGUUUCCAUCGCUGCCGGUCCCGUUGGUCGCAAUGCCGAAGCUGCUGGUGCAGCAUCACUCAAGGGUGUCGCCGGUAUUUUCGCAUACAGCAAAACCAAGGGUCUAUUCGCUGGUGUCUCUCUCGAGGGCAGUGCUAUGAUCGAAAGAAGAGAUGCCAACGAGAAGAUGUACAACCGUCGCGUCACUGCUAGAGCCCUGCUUGAGGGUGGUGUCCCUGUCCCUCCUCAGGCCGAGCCUCUGAUGCGCGUUCUCAACAGCAGAGUCUUUGCUGGAGUUGCUGCUAACCAAGGCGAUGCUAUGUAUAACGACAUUCCGGUCUACGACGAGUCUCAUGACGAUGUCAUCUGGCAAGGCAAGAGAGGUUCCGCUCAUGGUGAAGGCGUUCGCACAGACCGUACAGGAGCCAGUGGCAACUUUGGUGGUCCUUCACGCGCCAGCACAUGGCAGGACGAUGUCUAUGACAGACAACCCAGCUUCGGAUCGCGCGCCAACCCCAGCGAGACCUUUGACCGCCUUGAAGCCUCACGCCAGCGCAGCAAUAGCGCAUUCGCCGAUCAAGCCGAAUACUCGUACUCAGACCGCAAACCUUCCAGACCUAGUGCUCCCAAGCCUACUUUCAGCAGUAACGCCGUGACACCCAAGCCUGGACAGGCUAUCGCCAAGUUCACAUUUGACCCUGAUCAACCCGGUGACUUGGGCUUCAAGAAGGGAGAAAUCAUUACUAUUGUUAAGAAAACCGACAAUGCUGCGGAUUGGUGGACUGGCAGAAUCGGCUCUAGGGAAGGCAUUUUCCCAAGCAACUACGUUGAACUCACCUAA